AUGCUGCGUCGACGGCUGCUGCGGUCGUCACGGGUACUUGGUAGACGUACGACGUCAAGUAGUAGUACAUUUAGUCUUGAUAAUAUUAAAAACAAGUGGAUGCAAGCGACAGUAAAAGAAUUGUCCGUAGAAAUGCUACCAGCGCUUAAGGUGAUGUCCGAGAGUCUGAGACUAUUGCGUCAGAGUCCCACGUUGCGUAACUCGAGCGCUUCUGAUUGGCUCGUGGGAUUAUCGGUCUUAACUCAGUACAAAAGUCAACACCAUGUGACGGGAUUGUAUGACGAAACACAUAAAAAGGCUUUUGUACUGGAUCAGGAAUUAAUGGCCAAAUUAUUGCGUUACGUUCGUGUAUGUGACGCCGUAUACGCGUCUUCUGUCACUUUGUUUUGUAAAGAAGCUGCUGUGUCAUCAGAUUGUGUGCUACGAGCACAUUCGGGCGGUGUCGUGUCACCCAAGUGCGUGAUUUUGGCUGACCAUGAACACCAAGAACUGGUGCUAGUGGCUCGAGGUACUGCGUCUUUACUAGACUUUUGCACGGACUUGUGUCUUCACAAUGAGCCUUUUGAAAACGGACAAGGUCAUCGUGGUAUGGUGCACGCUGCGACCUGGCUAGUCCACCAUUUACACAGUGAUUUGAAGGAGUUGUCGGAAAAGUAUCCAGACUAUCGCCUUGUAGCAACAGGCCAUAGUCUAGGCGCAGCAGUGGCAGCACUUGCUACCAUACAGCUGCGCAAAGAGUUCCCGACGAUACAGUGUUACGCGUUUGGUACACCAGCUUGUGUGACACAGGAGCUAGCAACUGGUACCUAUGACUUUGUGACGACAGUAGUGAACGGAUAUGACUGCGUACCGCGUCUGCAUCAACACUCGCUGAUGCAGUUACAGGACGAGAUUCGUUGCUUUGAUUGGCGAACUGCAUUGAAAAAAAUGGUGAUGGAGGAGAUUCAUAAACAAAAGGUUGCAUUGGAGAAGCAGCCGCGCGCGAAACUAGAGGAGCUACACGUGACACUGCGAAAGAUGAAUUUUCUUCAAUUCAAAGAACGUACGAACAAGGCUACAGCCAAGCUGGACCAAGUGAAACGGGUUGCGUCGGAUAAUGUCAUGGAGCUCGCGCAUGAUGUCGACAAGUUACUCGCCGACAAACUGGACGCCAUCUUCUCGGUUUUCAAAGCAAACAAUCUUUCAUUGGAACAUGUCGCAUUCAUCAAGAAUCUGGUGAAAUGUGACGAUCUCAAGAAAGGUGAUUCUUUCUGGUGGAAGCGCGUGAACGAGAGUAUUGUUGGGUUGGAACGGCUAUCAUCAGCUGUCACAAAGCCCAAGGAGCUGGAGCGUGUGUUGAUAGAACUGAGAAAGGUUUUACAGAAGACCUCUGCAUCCUCAAGGAAUUCGCUGAAGAGCGAUGGUGAUCACGAUGUCGCGACUGGCUCUCCCCGACUAAAGCUUUUACGUUCUCAAGUCGACGAUAUGAUCGACAAGUCACGUGCACGGAUCAGCGGUCAAGUAUCGAAGGUGUCGACUGCUGUGACUUCGAACGUAAAAGCUUACGUAGAUACGAUAAAAGAAGAAACGGAAUCGCUGGGCACUAUUGCACAAGAAGAGCUUGAUCAAGCUGUGGAUACGAUUUAUCGUAAUCUGCCAUUUUUCGGCGGGUCGAAUAGUGAAAAGAUUAACGACGAUCAGUCAUCUACCCAGAAGAAGGAAAAUCGCGGUGAUAAAGUGCUUGAGGAGACUGAUCCUUCACAACGGAUGGAAGACGAGUCGGGAAAAGGGACGGAGCAGGAACAUGAGGAACUAAAGAAAAUUCAGCUGCAAUGGGAAAAGGACAAUAAGCUGCACCAUGACCCGUUGUUUCCUCCUGGUCGAAUCAUCUACUUGAACCGUGUCAUCACUCCAGGAUCGUCACCACAAAGCGUGACUGCUGGUAGCAGCAUCAAAACCGAUGUAGAGGUUGUGGAAGUUGCUACAGAUGAUUUUAGUCGUGUGGUGCUUUCGAAUCGUAUGCUACUUGAUCACCUCUGCACGGAUUACGAGAAAGUUUUGCAGUGUCAGGCAGAAUUGUUGAAGUCCCCGCCAGACUCGACCUAA